AGGGAACCCCAUCUUCGUCGACGGCAUUCGACAACUUCCACCGAAGCUCCCUCUUCCUCCCACGCGCGCCACCCGACGUCGACUCACUACGGGCUCGCUCAAAUCGCAUCUCCCCAGCGCCAUGUUCGCGUCUCUCGAAUAGACUCCCGCCGGUCUGUUCCGUCACCCGCCCCCAGCUCUUCCAGCUUGCGCAGCGGCUCCGCGCUCCCGACUCGCCCACCGCGCGCGCAGCACAGCAUGGCCGCCUCGAGCGCCCACGUGGCGCCUUCACACAAGAGAAACAGCUGCAGGCGGAGACAGGAUAAGCCUGCAAUCUCUGCCAGGCUGGUCCUCGACGACCACAUCAAGGGCGACGUUGGCAUCCUGUCUCAGGACCUGUUUGCCGACCUCCUCCCCCAGCUCGGCGACGACGCCGAUGGUGAGCAACCGGGCCAAGUCCACCAUGUUGCCGUCUCGCCCUGGGCGCCCAACGCCGCGCCGUCUGAGAUGGCCUGGUCCAUAGUCCCCGUUGUGCGGUCCGCCGCGCUCGCCCACUCGACCGUUCAAUUUUCCCCCUCAUCGCCGGCUCUCCAGAGCUUUGCCGUCACCCUGCAGCAGGUGGCGCCCUCGAAAUUGUCUAGCCAUAGCCGAAGUGGCAUUGAGAUACUGGUCCUCGACGUUGUUCCGAUACCGCUCGAGACCGUCUUCGUGAGCCUCGAAAGCGAAUCCACCAAGCGCAUCGAGAAUGGCGAGGGUACAUUCUAUCGCGAUCACCCUACGCACCCGCAAGGCAAGGUCACGGCGACCCAGACCGCACAGGAACGGCUCACGGCAGCCAUCAGAACGUCACUGGGCAGUCUCAAGGUUGUCCACGCCGGAGACAUGUUCGCCCUGCCCCUCGCGCCGCACCCCGUCACGCAUCAACCCCCGAACCCCGGCAAAAUAAUGCUUUGCGAGCCCGUUGCCCAAGGUAUUUUGACUGACACGACCAAAAUUGUACUCAUGCGCGGGCGCGUGCACACGAGGCACGCGAGGCGGCAGGCCUCUUCCAUGGAGGCGAGCCAUCGGCUCAAUGGCAUUGCCGAUGACGAGGACGGCAAUACUGAUCAAUUCUUCUCGGCGGCGGAAGAGCGAUACCGUACCGAUGCGCGACCGGACGAGACCGAUACCGAGACUGCUACGGAAACGGAGACGGAGCUGUCCGAGCUCGAGCAAGAGGACGAGCUGUCCGACGACUCCAUGGACGAUAUGCUCUCAUUGCAUGCACCUGCCCUCCCGCCAACCAACGUCAGUGGGCUGGGGACGAUGCAACCCGGCACGCCCAUGACAAUCGGAACCCUCCGGGGACGAAAGACCAACGGCGCUGCCACUCCGGGAUCCGUCUUCUCCAACUUCACGUCUGCCACGGCCCGACCGGACCGGCCACGCGGCCGCCUGUUCAAGGCACAGGGUCUCGUCAAGCCAAUGCCCUCGGGCCUUCUGCACCCGAAGCCCUCCGCCGACGAGGACGAAGAAGCAAGGAUAUAUGUAGAAAUGUCUUCGUUGCCCAAAAUUGGCUGCUUCUCGGGUGACUGGGCGCGCGUCGAGGUAGCAGAAGAGCCGCCGCUCAACGGAUUUGGCGCGUUCGGGCUGGGCAGCUUCGGACAGCCCGAAGUCGAGGGAAACUGGCGCCCGGUUCGGGUCUACGGACUUCCGGAGGGCUACUCUCAGCGCCCGGUCAGUAGGAUCCCGACAUCCAGGUCUGGGGAGCGGAAGACGUCCUUUUUCGAAUCCCAGGUUCAACGGCCGUCGAGCCCAACUGCCUAUGCGUCUCCCGUCCUCCUCGCCAACCUCGAAAACACUACGCACCUUCGCAUCUCCGCUCUCAAGAAACAGUCCUAUCAAGGGAAAGGCACAUUGCCUCGCUUCACGAGCGCCUCCCAUCCGCCAUACGCCAAGGAUAUUGCAAUUCAUCACAUUCGUACUCCAAUCUCGGCUGAACGAGCGUACCAAACCGCGGUCCUAGGCGGUCUCAAGCGAUAUUUUGCGCAAAAGACUCGCCUUGUCCGAACCGGUGACCUGAUCGCUGUCCCCGUCGAUGCACAGCUGGGCCGGGUGCUUCAGGAGGGGCCAGCUACGGGAGGCUCAGAGGUCGACGAUGUGAUGGCGCUGACCGCCGGCAACAACAAGGAUCAGGCACCGCCGCACGUCGAUAACGUCGCGUGGUUCAAGGUCGGGCAUAUACAAAUUCAGAAGGCAGACGAGGACGAGGACAGUACAGCCGAGGCCUUUUGGGGUUCCGUGGCCUGCAUCGACAGCUCCACCGUCGGCAUGCACGGCUCCGGCUUCGAGACCAGCAAGAUACCGGGCAGUAACCAGAGCACCUGGCCGUACUAUCUGGGUUUGAAGAAGGUGCCCCGGCGCACCUCUGACGCCUCUCCUCUUGCGUUGGCAGAACAGAAACCUCAGCAUGUGUCUCCACUCCGGCGGCAGCUCCGAGAGCUACUCGCGGCUGCGACAAGCCAGAGAGCCAUUCAUUUCAAGAUGCCGCCCGUCGCCAUCCUUCUGACGUCCACGCACCGGAACAUUGGCAAGUCAACGCUUGCGACAGCCGCGUGCGCCGACAUGGGUCUGCACACGUACUCGAUUGACGCGUACGACAUCUUGAGUGAAGGGAGUGGCAGCGGCGGCGAUGUUAAGACAGAGGGGUUUCUAAGAACGCGAGCCGAGAGGGCCAUGAGCUGCGGACCAGAGUGCUGUGCGCUGCUCAUACAGCAUGUCGAGGCCCUGACGGCGGACCGCAUCGAAUCUACAAUGAAGGAGAUUCUGGAAGAGGCAAGGGUGCUCAUCGCCACCACCAACGAAGUCGACCAAGUGCCGGAUGGCGUCCGUGGUCUCUUCACGCAUGAGUUGGAGAUGGGAGCUCCAGACGAGGCUGAGAGAGAGACGAUUCUGCGAGCGGUUGUUGAGAGCCGUGGUGUCAGCCUCGAACCGUCGAUCGACCUCAACUCUAUCGCACUCAAGACGGCAGCACUUGUCGCGGGCGACCUGGUAGAUGUCGUGGAGCGCGCUUCCAUCGCCCAACAAUCACGGCUCGAGCAGCUCUCACGGAACACCAGCGGCGAUGGAGCCAUGGUGACGGUCAGGGAUCUUCAGGUCGCUGGCGGGCCGCUCGCGCGAUGCCUCACGGCGGCCGACUUUGAUGUGGCCGUGGAGGCGGCUCGAAAGAACUUUUCCGACUCGAUUGGUGCCCCCAAGAUUCCCAACGUGACAUGGGAUGACGUUGGUGGCCUCGGCAACGUCAAGGACGCCGUCACGGAGACCAUCCAGCUACCCCUAGAGCGGCCGGAGCUGUUCGCCAAGGGCAUGAAGAAGCGCUCAGGCAUUCUCUUCUACGGACCGCCCGGUACUGGCAAGACGCUUCUGGCAAAGGCCAUUGCGACGGAGUACAGCCUCAACUUCUUCAGCGUCAAGGGUCCUGAGCUGCUCAACAUGUACAUUGGUGAGUCGGAGGCCAAUGUGCGCCGAGUGUUCCAACGGGCGCGAGACGCACGGCCUUGCGUCGUGUUUUUCGACGAGCUAGACUCGGUGGCGCCGAAGCGAGGAAACCAGGGCGAUAGCGGCGGCGUGAUGGACCGCAUCGUGUCGCAGCUUCUGGCAGAGCUGGAUGGCAUGUCUGGCGGCGAGGAUGCCGGUGGCGUCUUUGUCGUUGGCGCCACGAAUCGACCCGAUCUGCUGGACCCUGCGCUGCUGCGGCCCGGUCGAUUCGACAAGAUGUUAUACCUUGGCGUCUCCGACACGCACGACAAGCAGCUCACCAUCCUGGAAGCACUCACUCGAAAGUACAUCCAGUCCGCCCAUCCGUUGAACAGCUUAGAAAGCAAAUCUAACAAUGAAUACAGGUUCACACUGCACCCGACAGUCUCGCUCAAGGCCGUGGCCGACCGCCUCCCCUUCACGUACACGGGCGCCGACUUCUACGCCCUCUGUAGCGACGCCAUGCUCAAGGCCGUCACCCGCCAAGCGGCGGCGGUGGACGCCAAGGUCAAGGCCAUCAACAGCGAGCGAAAAGAAGGCGGUAUUCAACACGACAUCUCGACGGCUUACUACUUUGACCACUACGCCACGCCCGAGGACAUUGCCGUCAUGGUCACCGAGGCCGACUUCAUGGCCGCGCACGAGGAGCUCAUCCCUAGUGUUAGCGCCGGCGAGCUGGCGCACUACGAAAAGGUCCGCGCCACGUUUGAGGGAGUCGCGGGCGACAAGCAGAAGCCUCCUCCUCGUCUACCAUCGGGCGCGACGAAUGGAUCUUCUGCUAUCACUGCCCAUGCGCAUGCGCUGCCCCAAAGGAACAAGGCCGGCAAGACCGGCAAGGGCAAGGGCAAGGGCAAGGCCGUGGCGUUGACCAGCGACGACGAGUUUGACGACGAUGACAGCGACCAGGGGAGCGUGAUUGGGCCGACCAACGGGAAGUCCAACAAGAGCAAGGACAAGGGCAAGGGCAAGGCGGUCAUGGGGUUCCAGGACGGGACGGCCAGUGACGAUGAUGGCCUGUAUUAGAAAAAGAUGAGAAUGGUCGGUUAGCACCAGGGGCUUCGGGCCUGCCGUGCGAUAUGUACGUCGUCGUCGUCGUCGCUGUGGAGGGUACGGGGGCAUGCGGCAUGGCGGGCGCAAGCAUGUAUGUAUACAUCACAGUCAGCACGGGCGAGUUGUAUAUCAUGCAAUAUCGAUAUCUUGACUAGA